GCCCUGUGACCGGUGACCUGGGCCGGGCCGGGAUGGCCACCGCAGCCCCGCCGCCUGUGCCGCUGGUGCUCGUCGCCUUCUCCUGUCUGCCCCACUCGGCUGAGGCGGCGAGCGACACGACAGGGGUGCUGACGGUGGUUGCGAUCGUACUGGGGUGCUCCGUGGUCGCCGGAGGCUUGGCCGUCAUCGGAUGGUAUUGCUGGAAACAAAACAGAAGAGAGCCCUCCGUGCAGCCCAAGCCCAAGCCGCCGCCGCCUCCCAAACCAGCUAACUCGCCACUACCACCUGCCAACCCGCCAAUGAUGCUGGUCGCGCAGUCACCGAUGCCAGGAAUGCAGGGAAUCAUGAUACCCGCCGGAGGUAUGAUGAUGGGAUAUCCGGCGGGGAUGUCGCCGUCGCCCGGUACCGCCCUGUACCAAGUACCGGUACAGCAGCAACCAUCGCCGUCGGCUCCCCCCGACAACACGUCGGUGGAGGACCUUGAGGGCAAUAAUGCCGGCAAGUAGACACUGGUGCGCAUCGGUGACCACUCGGGAAUGAGCUGCCUGGCGGCAUAAGGACAGGUCAGACCGGGAAACAGUCGGCAGUCGAGGAGCUUCAGUGAAAAUCGACAAGUGUCUUAGUGUGAACUGUGAUUGGCAAUAUCCUGGGUGUGGUGGCUACAUAAAAGAGGAAAUCGCGGAGGAGUGUCGUCGUCUUGCAGCUGUAAGGGGAAUACUACAUAUGUGAUAUAGGACUGUGCUACGAGAAUAACAUUGCCACCUUGUGACUGUUGUGUAGGGAAACCCGAGUAACAUUUUUAACAACAGUUACCAAUGAAAACUAUAAAUCAAAUUUAUAUCGAAAUGAAAGAAGUUAUGUUGGAAUAAAACGGCAGCGCUUCAUAAACUUGUUCACGGUGAU